CGGGUCGCUUCAAGUUGCACGCUGCGCCAAUGCUUGCAAGUACCUAUGGCAGUGUUGUGUUGCCAGCAGAUCAACCCGCAGCGCCUAAUCCUUCGCUAGCAGCUGGAGAUCAGGUAAGCGGCAGAGUAACGCAUGAGUCUCGUGGAGGCGCGGCAUUGGCGAAGCAUGCGCUAUCGAAUACAUCCGUGCUGUCGAACUUACACCAGAGCAAUUGCGUUUCCGGAGGUAACGAUACAACGACAAUGGGGGACCCUCGAAGCACGACCGGCGUAGUAGGGCAGCCAGGGAG